AUGUCCUGCCAGCAGAACCAGCAGCAGUGCCAGCCCCCGCCCAAGUGCCCCUCACCUAAAUGUCCCCCGAAGAGCCCGGCACAGUGUCUGCCCCCAGUCUCCUCCGGCUGUGCUCCAAGCUCCGGGGGCUGCUCUGGCCCCAGCUCCGAGGGCGGCUGCUGCCUGAGCCACCACAGGCGCCGCAGGUCCCACCGAUGCCGACGCCAGAGCUCUAGCUCCUGCGACCGGGGCAGUGGUCAGCAGGGCGGGGACUGCUGCUGA